CUGGAAGCGCGUCACUCGAGGCGAAGCGAAGGCGGCAAGCUGGCUUAACGAGCCUCAGAAGGUGUCUACCUACACCUCCGUCUCUUCCUUUUACAAGAUCAUACAUCACCAAAUGUGACACGCCACGCCCUCGCCCCCUCGCUGCCGCCACGAUGGUGAACAUGAACGUGUUCCGCAUCCUGGGCGACGUCUCCCACACCGCCUCCAAAUGCAUCCUCAUCUGGGCCAUCCACAACAACAAGUCGGCCGAAGGCGUCUCCCUCCUCACCCAAUGGCUCUACAUGCUCGUCUUCUGCACCCGCUACCUCGACCUCUUCUGGGUGCCGCCGCAGUUCAGCUGGUGGAAUACGUUCUUCAAGCUCUUCUACAUCAGCAGUAGCGUCUACAUUGUCUAUGUCAUGAUGCGCGUGUAUGCGCGCACGCGCGAGAAGGAGUAUGCGUGGAAGCUGGCCACGUGGUCGCUGGGCGCGAGUCUGGUCAGCGCGCCGCUGGUCUGCCUGAUAUUUGAAGGGACUCGAGGCAUUUCGCUGUUCGAGGUGUUCUGGACCUUCAGCAUCGAGCUCGAAAGUGUCUGUGUCCUCCCCCAACUCCUCCUCCUCCGCCAAACCACCGUGCCCACCGUCAUCGACAGCUUCUACCUCGUCACCCUAGGCAGCUACCGCUUCUUCUACAUCCUCAACUGGAUCCUGCGGCUUGCGCUAGAACACUACUUCGACGCCAUCAGCGUCAUCUUCGGCGUCAUCCAGACCAUCCUCUACAUCGACUUUGCAUGGGUCUACUACACACGGCAACGAGUGAAGUUGAGAGGAGGCGGCGUCGUCGAUUCCGACGAUCUCAGCAAGAGCUUUUUGGUGCGGCGCAUCAUUGGACGUGGCAGCAGGGCAGAUCGAGAAGACGAGGAGAUUGCCGACGAACAUUCCGUGCUGGGCGGGCAAGAGAAUGGGACGAUUCGGCCUUCGGGUGGACGAAGCUGGGGCGCUCGGGGAAUCAGCGUGAGUGCGGACGAUACCCUCCCUGAGCGGCAAGGUGGAGCGCCGGGGGCAUACGUGGAUACGGCGUCUGAUGCGCAGAUGAUUGACCCUGCGCAUUUUGAGGAAGAAGACGACGACGACGAUGAUGCGGAUGCGCCGCCUCCGUCUGUUGCUGCGAAAAACAGCAGAUACGAGGCUGUCGAAGCGUCGGAAGACCAGGAGGCGUGGGCGUCCAACACGGGAGACCAUUCGUGAUUCUGUCAGUCGAAUGGGUGCAUCAAGCGGUGUCGAUAUCGGGUUUGUCUUGACGCAUCUAGGGCAUCCCAUGUACGCUAUUCUGUAUCCUUGUUCACCCUGUAGAUAGCCACAGAAAAGGCAGUCACCCAGG